AUGCGCGUUUCUACCUUUAUCGUUGCUCUCGCCACUACUCUGGCCGUCGAGUCGGCUGCGAAGCAGAUUAACAUGUCUUGCAAGUUCGCGGCCGACCAUACUGGCAUGGUGCAGUAUCCUUUCUGCUGUCGUGAUAUGAAGCCUGCGAGGAACAAUGCCAAGGCCAACGAGGCCACGGAUUGCCAGCAGUUGACCGAGCCUCAGUUGUGUGAGGACCAGUCGCGCCCUGCUUGCUGCUAUACUAUUGGCCCCAAGAAGAUCUGUACUUCGCACGUUAUCUUCCAGGAUGCCGAGGACGUCUAA